AUGGAAGAAGCCGCCUGUGUAGCCAUAAUCGGGCCAAUGGUCGGAUACCUACCGCUUCAACUCGUCCUCGGAUUUCAUAUCGUAAUCUGUUUGCUCGCUACCGUACUUUCCAUCUACACGAUUGGAAGGUAUUUCAAGGUGUACUUCCACUCGAAUUGUAAGGUGCUGGUCGGGUUCGGCGUGUACGUCUUCGUGAUGUGGGACGAGCAUUGGGGCCCGGAAAACUUGGUGCCCACGUGCAGCAUUGGCAAUAAGUACACCGGCGAAAACGCUGCCCGUUGCAUGGCGCUCCUGCUCGGCCUCGAUUUUCUCGGCUUUAUCUCCAUGUCCCAUUCCUACUGGCGAGAGUUCCGGAAAGACACGAAGAGCUACGACAUCCGAAAACGAUUUACGGUGAUGGAGCGCCGGGAGACAAACACGAUUCUGCUGCCAUUCACGGCCAUGCACACGAUAUUCUAUUUGAUUUAUGAGAUUGUCUACUUGCUUUGUACCCAGGUCUUGGUCAAUAUUUUGCCGCCGCUGGUCUUCAAAGCCGUUUUUGUGUCGAUUAAUUUUAUCCCGUACUACACGGUCCUUUCCAACAUUUUCCUGAUCGCCCUCCUCAACCGCGUCUACCGCACUCGCCAGACGAAAUGGCGCUCCAAUUUCCGGCUGUUCACCGACAAACGCCAGAUCCAUACUUCUUACAUGAAUGGGUGG